AUGAGUGUUGGGGUGUUAACACUAAACAUAAAAAACAAAUGUCAAGCUGGAUCAUGUAGUUGCGGUAAAACCCCGGAUAAAUUUGGUCUAAAGGUCAGUAAGGAGACAACUAUUCCUAAUGUCGCCGGAUUCGUUAGAUAUACUCAUGAGCUCGAUGACGGGAAUACGUUCACUCUCAAAGGAGAGUUGCACGGAAAUGAGAAGUUAGGUGAUGCAAGCGAUAUCCAAGAUGUUAUAAAAGUCUCUGUCUACUACUGGGAUAAUGACCAUGGUAGUAGCACUGCGAAACCUCUUAUCCUAGAAUUUGUUAAGAGCAGUAAUACUAGCCAGCCGGAUUACUACACUAGGUAUGAAGAUGGUGAGCAAGAAUUAAAAGGUGAAGAUGAGACUAUUUGGGUACACCAUGGAUAUUCUGGAGGAUUAUCACUACAGGAUAGACUGGACGAUAGGAAUUGCGCAAGGAAUAAAGUUAUUCCAUUUGAUCUUGAGAAUCCCACAAGGUAUCGUAACUUUGGAUCAGGUGUUUCAAAGAGUAAAGGUAUAACCUUUAGCUCUUUUACCCCUCUUCCAGGAAGUGAACAUAUCGUUACAUCUUAUUCAAUUGUUGGGGAUACUAGUGGACCAGAAACUGGAAUUUCUAGAGUGGAAAAUAACAAGGAAAAGAUUAGCGAAAUAACAAUUCCUCAUGGAGCACUUGCUGGAGUAAGACUCUACUCAUCUCCGGUGAGUCCAAAAAUUCCACUUAUGAUUGAACUUGUUGGAGUUAGUGGUGGACCAUCUACAUUUUACGCGAGCAAAGGUGAGAAAGGAGGAUGGAAUAGUGAUAAAGGAGAUGCAAAGGACUUUUAUGAUGGUGGUAAAGAAAUUGGUAAGCAAAAACCCAAAGAAGCUCUCAAUAAUAAAUUAGAUGAAGUCACGUGUUUUUAUCGUGACGCUGUAACCAUUGACCUAUCCCUAGAGAAGUCUACAACAAAAAAAGAUAAUUGGUAUUGUUGUAAUACAUGUCGUCAGGGAAAAGUAUCUGUGAAGGAAAUACUAGUUAAUCAUCAUGCUGAACACAGAAGAUCUACUAAACUCUACAAACACUCUAUUACCAACGAUAAUUAUACACUUUCUGCAAUCAAGUACUAUCUCCAUAAUCAUGGUAAAGAGAAUAGAAAGCAUAUAGCACCUAGGAAAAUGUUACUACCUAUUACUGGUCCGGUGGAUGUCUACACUUUCUACUGUAAUGGAAAUCCAUCACUUAUAUAUGUUGAUGCUGAGAAAGAACCUAAGGCUACAGGCUGGUAUAGGAAGAGUAGUAAGGGCUAUACUAAAUCUUGGACAAGAUUAAAUAGUCAACUCAAGGGAUUAGCACCAAAAGAUCUGGAAAAUGGAAUAGAUUGCAAUAUCUGGAUGCGGCUGAAGAAGGUACUAUCUGGACGUGGUUGUACUACUUUGGAAGAUUGCCCAAAAGGUUCAAUUAGUGAAUCCUUGCAACAAGAAGAUGAGGAGGAACCAUCUGAUGAUGAUAGCUUAGAUAAUGUAGUAGAUUUGGGAAUAAGUGUAUCAACUGAGGUUGGUAGAUUUUGGCGGAACACUCUCGAUACAGUCAUUAAAUCUGCACUACCAGAAAUUGUUGACCUGGUUAAUAAGUCCAUGAAUUCUACUUCUAUUAGUUCUAGUCUACCUGGUGCUCUUGUAUCCGGAGAUCCUCAACGUACUGGUAGUGACGAUCUUCUCAAUGGUUUACUAAGUCUUGGAAUAAACAUACCUUGUAUAGCGACAAAAUUUGGACUGAAAAUAAAUGAUAUGCUUAAUGAGGUUGUAGAAAGAACUUUGCAACUAACUGCUGAUACCAUAAAAAUUGUUACUAAGACUGAUGAUAUUGUAUCUGUAACAUCCCAAGGUGGACAAACUAAUCCUGCUCCUGAACCUAAGGAUAGGACUGGUAAAGAAUCCGCUGGUGAUAUUGGACCUUCCGGUAAAAAUAGUGAAUCUAGUUCACUUGGUACUAAAAAAGAAUCUCCACUACAAGAACAACGAUCACAACCUACUGGUGAAAAGCUUGGAAUAAAAGACCAAAUUGGAGAUGGGAAAGACAAGAACAAAGAUGAGACUGAGGAAGGAAAAGAGUCUAUUGAACCCUCACUUUCACUAGCUGCUCCUGAUUAUUCUGGAUCUCAAGGACCUAAGGGUGCCAAAGGUCCUGAUGGACCUGCUGAUAAAGAUGAGGGUACUGAAGAGACAUCUGAACCUGUUACUUCUAGUGGUGUUGAUAGUGGAAAUGGUGAUGGUAGAACUAAAGUUAACGGAGAUGAUUCUGAAAGUGCCAAAGAGGAUGAAAAGGUUCUUGUUAAAGAACCUAAAAAAUCUCAAGAAACUGGUGCCGACCCUGCAUCUCCUGAACUUUCUCAACAAGACACUCCUGUUCUCCAAGCUAGCCAAUCUGGUACUGAAACUCCUGCUCUUAAAGGUACUGCUCCUCCUGGUGGUCCUGGAGCUACUCAAGGUGAUACUGUUGUUUAUGUCCAAUCUGAAGCUAAAACCCCUGGUAAAGAAAAACCUGCUGAAGUUACUGGUUCGUUUAAAGGAUCUCAUCCUAAAACUGUUCAACAUAUUUCCCCUCUUACCACUGAUAACUCUACAUCUUUUCAAGCACCAAGUGCUCUCCAGUCUUCCGAACCUCCUCAACGAGACAAUGGUAGCACAUCUGACCUAGCUACUAAUCCUAAAGGUGGUCCUACUCAAUCUAUUUCUGAAGCUCAAGUUCAACUUGUAGGUGCUUCUAGAGAACAAGGUCCUGAGCCUACUGCUUCUGCUCUUACUCAAACUGGCACUUCUACUGAUGGUAAAGCUGAAAAACUUGGUGCUGAAGCUGGUAUUACAGCGGCUGCUGGUUCUGUACUAUGGACAGCGUUUGGAGCAUCUUCUGGUACUCUUGCCGGAACUGGUGGUCUUACCGGAUUUACUUACUGGAUGUACAAACGCUUGAAAGGGGACCCUUGGGUCAGACAACUAUGA